AGCAUCAAACCCAGCAAGCCUUGGAACCCAGGCUCCUCCCUACUCGCUAACCGUAACCUUAACCCUAAUUACCCAACUGUCAUACCCAUUUCCCGCUAAGCCCGAAACCAUGAUGACAACCAGAAAACCCCAACUCGUUCCCUAGACUCACGAAGGGACCAUCCAUCUCAUCCAAGCCUACCAGGAGAAGUGGUACUCCCUUAGCCGUGCUUCCCUCAAUGUCAUCCAGUGGGAAGAAGUCACCAGCACUGUCACCGCUCGCUGCGGCCUCGUCGACGAAGAUGCUAAGUCAGCUACCCAGUGUCGCCACAAGAUGGAGAAGCUCCACCGCCACUACCGCGCUGAGCGUCAGGGUCUUGGUGGCUCCUCUUCUUGGCCCUACUUCCACUCUAUGGAUGAGCUUGACCGUGGUCCGUUUCCCAUAUCCGCGCGUCCAUUGACUUUGGUUCCUGGUAGAGAUGAUGGAAAUUUUGAGAUAGAGUAAUUAAUUAAAGCUAAAAUUAAAAUAAAUAAUGUAAUUAAAA